CCCAAGUACACGCUGGCCGAGUUCAAGCGCCGCGUCGUCGAGGCGCUCGACGAGCUCUUCGCGUCCGGCGACGUCGACGAGUGCGUGACGUCCCUCGUGGAGCUGAGCUGCCCCGAGUUCGGCUUCGAGGUCGUCAAGCGCGGCGUGUCCAAGGCCGUGGACCGGCGCGCGCGCGAGUGCGAGCUCGUGUCGCGGCUGCUGUCGGCCGCGUGCCCCGCGCUGCUCCAGCCGCGCGACGUCGCCAAGGGCUUCGAGCGCCUCUUCGAGGCCAUGGACGAUUUGGUGCUCGACGCGCCGCGGGCGCCGCUGGUCGUGGGCGACUUCCUCGUGCGGUGCGUCGUCGACGAGGCGCUGCCUCCCGCGUACCUCGGCGACCGCGUCUUCGUCGCGCUCGGCGGCGACAUCGUCGCGCGCGCGCGGCGCCUCCUGAGCCGCGAGCACGCGCUCUCCAAGUUCGAGCGCAUCUGGGGGCCGGGGGACGGCCGCGAGAGCUCCGAGCUCAAGAAGGUCGUCGACAUGCUCCUCCACGAGUACCUCGCGACGAAGGAGCUCCCCGAGGCGAAGCGCUGCGUCCGCGAGCUCUCCGCGCCGCGCUUCGGCCACGAGGUCGUCAAGCGCGCCGUGACCCUGGCGCUGCCGCGGUCCGCCGACGACCGCACGGCCAUCUCCGCGCUCCUCAAGGCCCUCGUCGUCGACCCGGACCAGAUCCUCUCGACGACGCAGGCCAAGCUCGGCUUCGGCCGCCUCGCCGAGGCGCUCCCGGACCUCACCUGCGACGUGCCCAACGCCAAGGCCCUCCUCGACGAGUUCCUC